UAGUAGUAUAAGAAAAUUAAUACUUCCACUAUAAAUUGCUCAAUAAUUAGUUCUAACAUUGUCACUCAACAAUCAUAAAACCUUAGUCACAUUUCACAAAAACAAAACCAAAAAAAUGGUCCAAGAAAAGAAAAUCAUCACCAAAGUUACCGGGUGGCUAACACUCUUCGACGACGGCUCCGUCGACCGCACGUGGUCCGGGCCGCCCGAGGUCAAGUUCCUCAACGACGCCGUGCCGCCGCACGAUCACUUCAUAGACGGCGUGGCCACCGCCGACGUCACCUCCCCCGACGGCCUCAAGCUCCGCGUAUACCUACCCGAGAAGCACGAAACCGACCCGGAGGAGCUCCCCGUGCUCCUCCACUUCCACGGCGGCGGCUUCUGCAUCACCUCCGCCAACUGGCACGUCUACUACGCCGCCUACACCCGCCUCGCCCGCACCGCCCGCGCCAUCGUCGUGUCGCCCUACCUCCGCCUCGCCCCCGAGCACCGCCUCCCCGCCGCCGUCGACGACGCCCUCGCCGCCCUCCGGUGGGUCUCCGGCGCCGGUGGAUAUCCGGGGCGGGGCGUGUUCCUCGUCGGCGACAGCUCCGGCGGGAAUCUCGUCCAUGAGGUGGCGGUGCGGGCGGGGGAGGAGGGGAUUCCGGUGGCCGGGGCGAUCCCGGUGCACCCGGGGUUCUGCCGGGCGGGGCGGAGCAGGUCGGAGGUGGAGAAUCCGGAGACGCCGUUUUUGACGGUGGAGAUGAUUGAUGGGCUGCUGGCGAUGGGGCUGCCGGAGGGGGCGACGAAGGACCACCCGAUCACGUGCCCGAUGGGGGCGCCGCUGGAGGGGGUGGAGCUGCCGCCGUACUUGUAUUGCUUGGCGGAGCAGGAUCUGAUGUGGGAUACGCAGAUGGAGUUUUACGAGGCGAUGAAGAGGGCGGGGAUGGAGGUGGAGCUGUUCGUCAGCAGAGGCGUCGCCCAUUGCUUCCACCUUAACAAGAUUGCUAUUGGCAUGGAUCCGAUCACUGCUGCUCGGGCGCACGAAUUGUUUCAUCGGAUCAAACAAUUUAUUCAACAACAUUCGGUUUGAGUCCGGCUCGUCGCGUUUGGUUUUUUAGCGGAAUUUGAACACAACUUUCGCAAAUGUAUCCUAAUAUCUGAUUCAGAUAUAAAUAAUGAUAAUUGAGUCAUCUUUGUUGCUCCUUCAGUCCUUCUUGCUCUUGAUGUACAUUGUAUGUUGCUAUGUUUUGUGGGGAAUUACCACUUUUCGGUUAUCAAA